AUGGUUGGUGACUAUGCGGACUCCAUGACCACAGUCGUUGCUGGACUUGGUCAUGUGGUGGUGGAUGUGCCCCUGUCAAAUGCCCUCUCCCUACUCUCACCAGCGCUCAGCUCAAUUCAGUCUCGUCGAGCAGAAGCUGAAACCAUCUUGUCUCGGCUUACAGAGCUAAAUCCUAAAGUGGGAAGCCAGUUCCAGCCAAAGGAGGAUCUCUUCGCGGAGCUGCAGAUGCGCGUGAUUUCGUCGCAACGGCCAUCUUCUGGGAAUAUAUCUUCCUUCAUCGUUGUGAGCUAUUGUUGGCACUACCCAGAGUGGAAAAUUCCCGAGGCGGCGCACCCAAUUGCGCAGGGAUGGGAGAUUUCGAUGCCCAUGAUCACGGCAGUAAUGGGCCUGCGAAGCGACCCAGAUGAGGGCGUCUGGCUAGACAAACUUUGCAUCAACCAAGAGGAUACGAGGGAGAAGAAGGUGCAUAUCGGGGCCAUGGAUACCAUAUACCGCUCUGCACGACGUGUGAUUAUUCUGCUGGAGGACGUCCAAUUUACCGAGGAGGAAGAGAGGGCAGGUCUUGUGUAUACGGGCUUCUACCAAGACCUCACUCGUGACGUUGUAGGAGCCGAAGACAAGCGCGCGUUCCUGAGGGAAUACUUUCCCCGUCGGGAGAGGGAGCUUCAAUCCGAGACUGGAAAAGACAUAUCGGCGACUGCAAGACGAUUCUGCUCCAGAGUCCUCGGUGGCCGUUGGUUUUCUCGAGCCUGGUGUGCGCACGAAAGCCGAGUGGCACCGCAUAUGAAGAUAAACAACCCCCUUUUCCUAUGUUACGGCCAUGACGGACGCGUUUUAUCGUUUGAGUUCCGCUGCAUCAACUACGUUUCCAUGUAUCUAAGUGAUUCGGAGCCACAGGUUCAGAGAACCGGGACGGAAAUGAGCGAUGCCAUGAAUGAUCCAGAGCCGGAGUCCCUGCUGCAGCGUUGGUGGAGGAUUCUGCGUCUUGUCCCAGAGGACGUUUCCGAUGUCUCUAUGAUGCAGCAUCUGGUCAAAAUUCUUUCAUUCCAAUGCUCCCACAGGCAGGAUUUGAUUUCGAUCGCGCUGAACACCUCUGGCAUCCCCCUGUCUUUUACAGGGACCCUUUCAUCCGUGGAAGACAUCAUCUGGAUAUUUUCCACCCUUGUGCUGGCCUGCAACGACGUUACGCCGUUUUUUAUGGAUGGGAGCAAGCUGAGAAUCAGAAAUGCUUGUGAUGACGCGUCUCAAGUCUCAUGGGUGGUUCGUCCGUUGCAAGGCGUUGUUGACCAUAUCCCUAACAGUACAAUCACGCCGUUCCCGCAAUCAAUUACUGGAGCCACGCAAGACUAUAUCGAGCUCGAUCUUCUUGUAUUCAAGGAGCCGCCAAAGGCAGCUACCGAUGAAUCUAUACAAGUAGCAUCAAAAAUCGUAGAGGAGUACCAUCUACUAGACUUUAGCAAGGACCUCCUGGCCGCAGCUGGCGAGGAUAUCCGACGUAGCGUCGGGCUGGUAGCAGGCGAAUUUCAGCGGGCCGGGGGCAGUUCUGGAGUACUAGAGAGGCUUGUACUCCUUUGGAUUGCUAUUGCCCUUGACUGUGGUCUUGAAUGGACUCUUCAAUUCCCGGAACUUAUGCGCGAAGCUACUCAAGAGACAUGGCUGCAUGGAACACUAGGAGAUGCAACAGAUCCCCGGUUGACAGAUGCAUCCAAGGCACUUCUCGAGCAUUUUUCCGCUUCUGAAGAUGACUCAAACAAAGAGACCACCGACAUUCAACGAUUGGUCAAAUCCUUCACAUGCCUUUUGGACCCUAGACUUGCUCUCUUAACCGCAGGCCCACGCUACUUGGCGACUGGACGAAGAGACUUUGGCAUCAUCCAGUCUAUAAGCAACAGAUCAUGGGUCGCUGUCCCUGUUGCAAUAGCGCAUCUGCCCGCUUGGGUGCCACGGGCUUGGGUUGUUGAGCCGUUUGACCCAUCAUCUGAGCCUGAAAAUCCCAAUGACCACCUCGUGGACCCAGAGAAAAAGGUUGACGCUGACGCAAAACCUGAAGACAUAUAUCCGAUCCUUACCUCGGACUAUAAGGACUUAAGAGAGCAGCCAAAUGAGAAAGGGACUUGGCGACUGCGGAAGCGGCACAUAUUGUUUGGUAGUAAACCUUGGGAACAGCUCCCCGCGUUUGAUAAUGAUUCAGGUAUGCUAUUGAGAAAACAGCGAGUCUACGGUUCGGAAGAUUAUGACUGGAAGGCGAUUCAUUCCGCUAUUAAGAAGUUUGAAUCUGCGCGUUCGCUCCAGGCUUGA